GAUACUUUCAGGUGAUGCUUUACUUCCUUUGAAUCAACUCCGCCACCAUGCCUUCUGCGGAUGCUGUGCGACGGAGCCAGUCUGCUCGAGCCAAUGCUGAUGAUGCUAUAUUUGUCAAAGAUGGGUAUCCCGUGGCCUUCUUUUUUCAUCAGAGUGUCAGGGAAGGACGCAAUGUACUUCAACAGGAGAUCAAGAGACAUGGGGGUGAAGUAUGCGAGGAUGAGCAGCAAGCCAAUGUGAUUUUGGUCGAUGAAGAAGCCGACAUCGAACAUAUCCGCCGGCGCUACUAUCGUUCGAAUGUCCUCUGGCAGCAGCGCGUCUAUAUCGAGUCUAGGGACUUUGUCCGCAAGUGCAUUAGAGCUGGAAAAUACGAGCAUCAUCCGCCACCAAGGAAGGGUAUGCCUGGUGCUCCGGGUGGACGCGUGCGCGUACCUUAUACCGCGGAAGAUGAUGAAAAUCUCGCCUUUUACAUUGCAACUGUCAUUCCUGAUGCUUCUAGUGGAGGACGCGCUGGGAAUUCGUUGUACCAAGAAUUGACAGAGGAGCUGGCUGAUGAACCGGAAUAUAGAGAGUGGGCGAAAAGGCACACUUGGCAAUCCUGGCGCGAGCGCUACAAGACGAAUCGCCUGCGUCUUGAUCCUAUGAUUGCUAGGUAUGCGGAGCAACUUAAGGCGGUGGCGCAUGGUUUUGGUCACGAUCCACGCUCGCGUCACUUCAUACGUGGUAGGAGAGCACAGCGGGAGGAGGAGGAAGAGGAGGAGGAGAGCGAUCGAGAAUUGGAACAACAAGCAGCGGGUGAGGCUGGACCCGAGAACUUAGAUAACCAGUUGCCCGGCGGCGCUCCAGAAAUUCGCGACCGGGUUCAAGAAAAUGGCGUGCCCGAUCACGAACCUGGCCCUGCGACGCCUCAGUUACGUAGGCGACGUCGCGACGAUCCUGAUACGUCUCAGCCUGCAAGUUUCCAAGGGGAGUCGCCUCAGAAAAGACAACGUGUAGCCAGUUCGGCUACACCAUCUAGACCUCGGACCUCCGCUGUGGAGAAGAGACAACGGACAAGUGCACAGGACCAUCCUGGUCGAAAUUCAAAUGAGAACGAUCGAGGGUCACCGCAAGAAAGAAAUUAUGAGCCUUUCGCUCAGGGGGCACUUAAUAGCGCGACAAGUUUUGAUCAAGAUCAAAUGCCCGAAUUCGAUGCAUUGCCAAUGCCACAGUCACCUGAGCAUAAUGUUCCAGAAGCUCGAUCCGAUGAACCCCUGGCUACGCAGCAAACCCUGGUGAAUUCACCCAUCGACCUACGAUCCAGAGCGACUACAAGUGCUCGGGCUACUACUGCAGUUGUUCAAGCGGCAUCGAUGAGCUCACAGGCUAUAUCAAUUGCACAACCCCUGCGAGCUGCGCGAAGGCCACCUUCACACCGUGGGCGAACCCAGCGAGAACAGAACCCCGCUGCCGAAGUGCGCACCCCUGCUGUCGGCACUGGAACCAACUCACAGGUUAAACAUCUACGGACGCCGAGUAAAUCUCGCAGCCAUCAACCUGUUGUGGCCGCUUCUGACCCACCGUAUCGCCACACUCGGGCAAGAUCACAUUCAGUCGACCUCCCUCCACAACCCACUCCAGCAUCGAAACGCCGGAGAGCGGUUUCGGCGAAGGGGAAAUCAGAGCUGGAAGAGGUUCUUGAGGAAGAUGCCGAACGGAAUGUGGACGAAGGCGGCGACUCUCAAGUUUACAUUUCAGAGGAGCAGGAUGUGGAGGACCAUCUGAAAAAUCUCUUCACUGACGAAGAAGAUGACUUACAUUCUGUUGAGUUACCUCAUGAACAGCAAGAAUUCACAGUGGACUCUUCAUCUGAAGAUCCUUCCGACUCUGAUGAUGCAGCCACGCAUAAGAUUCUCCAGUAUAGUGGACAACGGCUCAAUAGGAUGGCAUCUGCUGGUUUCCGUAAGGGGUCUCGUCUUCCGGAUACCUCAGCACCAGCCUCAAAAAAGGCGACUACCAAAUCAUCUGCAAUACGAGUCACACGCUACGCGGCCCAAGCUCCUCCUUUCCCUUCUCCAGGCACCAAGGCUAAUACCAGAUUGCGAGAGAGGAGAGGGAAUUAACAAUCAACGUUGUCUAUAUAUCACUUAUACAAUUAUUAAUCCUAAUCAAUUGACGCUAU